AACCAGACACUCACACCGGCCUCUUCAAGCAUGGGCGUGCUGGUGAACGAGUGGCGGGGCGUGGAACUGGUCGUAUGUCUUCUACCCUGCUUCGAUGGUUCCGCAAGCUGAUCGUGUUGUAGUGCCUGACUUGGUCUUCAAUGAAUUGAGGUUCUUGCAGAAGCCUACAGAACAUCAGGAUGAGCCCGCACGGGCUGACAGCCCACCACGAGGGAAAAGACACGAGCGAAAGAGGGUGCAGGACGAGGAGAUUUCGGCUUACUUCAACGCAAACAACGGGGCGAAGUCGCAGUCGCAGCUACCCCAAGAGAGAGUGCAACAUCGAGAGGAAUCCCAGGAUCCGAAACGUAAUCGAGACCUGGAAGAAGCACAGCCAGUGAGGCGUUCAGCUACGCAAGUCGAAUCAGGGGGAAAAGCACCCCUCGAACCUGGAAGGCCCACGGCAGAUGCGAGGCGACAACGUGAUAGAAGCGAGAGCGCGGAACCCUAUCCUUGGUCUGAAUCGCCAGUCAACCCACCAACCCAAGCACGGUCGCAGCCGGGACAGACCAUCAAGAAGCGGCAGCCUCGUAAAGACCGGAGCAGUCUCUCGCAUCACUCUUCUCGCUUUGAACUUGCCCGGGAAAUAUCCCGCAACCCGCAGACUGCGGUCUUGGGCAGCGUGCUGAACGACAACUUCCGAGCUUCCAAGGGACGCGUGGACCGCUCCACGAGUGGCCAGGAGAAAGGAAUUGCACCGCCACGAAACGAACAACGCCUCCAUAGGCCAGCCAGCAUAACAACGGCGCGUUCGCGGCCGCAGGAUACUUCUCAACAUCGCGGAACUAAGCAGGACGAGCUCGAACAAGUGGCCGAUGGUCUUAAUCUACCCAGAGAUUUCCAGACGUCAGACAUCCUCGAGAUUCGGGAGCGACAAGAACACUCAGACAGAACGGAAUCGUUUGGACAGGUGGAUGCGGUAGUACACGUGGAAAGUGACAAAGAGAAUGCCAGCCCGGGAUCGUCCGUCGACCAGCUCCUUGAUCAGGCAAAACAGGCCAUCGUCCGGCGAUCGACUGCGCCGCAAGCGCAAUUCCGUGGUGCAAGGACGUCCAGGGAAAGCCUGGUCGGGCGGGAGGUAGGUAGUGAGGCAGACGUGAGCGGCGCAAUCGAGCAUCCACCAUUGAGACAGGCGCGGGAGCACUACGAGCGGUCGACCACGAAUGCUUCAUGCAUCGGCCUCCGAUCGGUUCCAAAUAUGUCCAUGGGGGCCUUCGAGCGUGGUAAAGCCUUGCACCCAAGAGAUCUGGACGAUUCAAUGCCAGAAGCUGCUACGUUCGAGCUUGCCUUGCCAUUCGAGGACGAGAUGCUGGACGACGGAUUGCUGGUGGAUAACAUGCCAUGUCAAGACGACUACGCGGAUCUGCAGAACCUCGGAGCAAAUGAAGUUGUGCGCAGGGUGUUUGCUGUGCCAGAAACCAGACUGUUCGAGAAGCAGGCGGAACAGAUGUGGCGAGCAGACGAGAUGUAUUCCGAGGAAUGGCCUGCCAUGGAGCAUGCGCGCCCCAGCGAAGCAUCUCUUCAGCCCCAGGAUGAGACGAUGGAAGCAAUGGCGGGGUUUUGGAAGCCGCACAGGUUAUAUUGACAUUACCCGGGCAGAGGAACGGUGAGAGUAGCAUACCGUACGUAUGUCACGAGAAUCGAGUCGCCCAAACGUCUCUGCUCACCAAUGAUCCUUGCC